AUCGGCAGGUAGAGAGGAUGACGAGGUCACAAUCAUCCAAUACAAUGGACCUGGAGGAAGCUGGAGCUGAGAAGUGAUUGGCUUAGCAUCAAUUACUUUGGCUUCAGUCUGUCAUUGUCUUCUGGGAUUUCCAUGAUUGGUCAACACACCUGGUAGUGAUUACCUAGGACGGCCAGGUAUUAAGUAGAUCAAGCAUGAAGAAAGAUCAAGACGUUUGAGAGACCAAAAGAGAAGGCCAAGGACUCGAGCUUCUGUCUUUCCCGGAUCCGAUGGUCACAGGGUGCCCGAGCUAAGUCCAUGAAGGUCUAGGAAAGGGACCUAUAAAGGGCAUCGCUUACACCGUCUAAUAAUUUGCCAGAUAUACAGUAUAGUCUAAGAGAAGACACUAGAUAACAUCCCGGAGAUUGAGGAUCUGCAUCCGAGGAGUCACCUGAAAAGAUACGAUGGGCACUAAACACACUAUGGCACUGCUGGGGUUAUUGACUCUACUGGUCUGCGAACUGGUGACGGUGGUCAACUCAAACAGGGAUGAAGCUCUGAGGAUAAUGGAAAAAACCCCCGUCAUUGAUGGGCACAAUGACCUGCCCUGGCAGCUACUGGCUAAAUUCAAUAACCAGCUGAGUAAGGUGGAUCUCCAUAUUCUGAAUGACACCCACACCAACAUCCCCAAACUGCGAGAGGGAAAAGUGGGGGCACAGUUUUGGGCAGCCUACGUCCCCUGUGACACUCAAGGUAAAGACGCCGUUAAGAGGACCCUGGAGCAGAUAGACGUCGUCAAUCGAAUGUGUGAAGAGUAUCCGGAAGCCUUCCUGUGUGUGAACAGCGCAGCAGGGAUUGAAGAAGCUUUCCGGGCCAAAAAAGUGGCCAGUUUGAUUGGUGUGGAGGGUGGACACUCCAUUGACAGCAGCUUGGGAGUACUACGGACCUUUUACAAUCUAGGGAUGCGGUAUAUGACCUUGACACACAGCUGUAACGUCCCAUGGGUGGAUAACUGGCUGGUGGAUACAGGAUCGGAUCCAGCUAAGAGCAAUGGCUUAUCUGAAUUUGGAAAGACAGUCAUCUUCGAAAUGAAUCGUCUUGGAAUAAUGGUGGAUUUAGCUCAUGUUUCAGUGAAGACGAUGAAAGAUGCUCUAGAAGCCUCUCAGGCCCCUGUCAUAUUCAGUCACUCGUCUGCUUUCAAGCUCUGCGAACACGCCAGAAAUGUGCCAGACGAUGUCCUUGAAAUUGUGAAAGCGAAGAGGGGGCUGGUGAUGGUGAACUUCUAUAAUAACUACGUCACCUGCAGCAAUAAGGCCAAUUUGUCCGAUGUGGCCGACCAUUUUGAUUACAUUAAAAGAAUUGCUGGUAUUGAAUCCGUCGGAAUUGGGGGCGAUUAUGAUGGAGUCCCUAGGGUACCAGAGGGUCUGGAAGAUGUAUCGAAGUACCCGGAUCUUGUGGCGGAGCUGCUAAGGAGAGGAUGGACGGUGGACGAGCUUGAGAAAGCCCUGGCCAACAACCUCCUCCGUGUCUUUAGAGAAGUGGAGCAGACAAGUAUUAGGUUGAAAUCAGAAAAACCCAAGGACGAGGCCAUAGCUUAUAAGGAGAUCCAGAGCGACUGUCACACCAGCUAUGGCUACCCGACUGGCACAGCUGCCCAUCUACAUGCUGGCACAGGGCUGCUUCUUAUGUCUCUUUCUUAUGCUUUGUUCUUUUGAUGGUGACCAUCAGCCUCUAAAGCCCCUUAUCCAUGGAAUUGGGGGGGGGGGGGGGUGUGUGUGUAUCAUUAUGCAUAUAGAGGCAUAAAUGGGUGCAGUUGGGGAACGUUUAUUGGUUGCACCAUGUUAUUAAAGGGGUCACCCGGGAAUUAUUUAAAAUGGAUGCCAACAACCUGUCCUAGAAUGUGAGCAGGACUGGUUGCCUCCCUUGAAGAGCUGCCUUUGGAGGUGAGGGGGCGUGGCCUCACUACACUAUACUCUCUAGCACGUCCAUAUACUACAUAUUGGUGAGUGUUCCUGUCAGGCUGCUCAGCCAUGAUGGCAUAUCAUAGGCAGGAUCACAUCAUUACCAUCUAUUGUAGUGUGCAGUGAGGCCCCCUAGACAGCUCUGUAAGUGGAAGCAACCGGUCCUGCUCAUAUUCUGGGACAAGUUGCUGGCAGCCAUUUUUAAUUAUUCCCGGAGAACCCCUUUAAUAGUUGUGAACUGUCACAUACCUGACGUUU